GUGUCCUGGGCAGCCGCUCGAGGGGACUUUCGUGGAAUCGCCCCAAGCGCUUCCUUUUUAGUUUCGCUUUGUCCACCUUAAUUAUUUGACAAAAGUCACAAGCGGAUUAUUAUUAUUAUUAUUAUUUUACUUGCGAAUGGCGGCGCCCACCAAGUUCAGCUUUUCAGUCCGGAGCAUCCUGGACUUGCCCGAGCGCCACCCGAAGGCCUCGUCGGCGUCCUGGGCCGCGCGCUCUCCGCUCCCCGCGCACCUCCCGCCCCCCUCCACCUCGUCCACCUGCCGGAUGCUCGACUGGGACCGAAACUCCCGCUCGUUUUGGGACGAAGGCAGCAGCAGCAGCAGCAGCAGCAGCCUAGAAGCUUCUCCGGGCUCUCCGGCCUCUCCGGCCUCUCCGGAAUCGGACAAACCGGAACCCGACACCACCGCCGAGCCUCCGAAGAAGAGCAAGAAGCGGCGCGUUCUGUUCUCCAAGGCGCAGACGGUGGCGCUGGAGCGGCGCUUCCGCCAACAGCGGUACCUGUCGGGCCCCGAACGGGAGCACCUGGCCCGCGUGCUCAGCCUGACGCCCACCCAGGUCAAGAUCUGGUUCCAGAACCACCGCUACAAGACGAAGAGAGGUCUGAGCCCGCCAGACGAGGUUCUGGAGAUGCCGCGGCCUCCGCUGCCGCAUCGCGGGAUGCUGGUGCCGGUUCUGCUGGGCGACGGCGGGCGUCCGCUCCACUUGCCUCUGGGGCCUUACCCGGCUGCGGCGACCCUGCGGCAUCCCGCGGCAUUGGCGCUGCAUCCGCGCCCCCUGCAGGACUCUCGAAGCCCGGCGACGCGCGGGCUCGCCUGGACGGACUUGUGGAGCGACUCGGUCCACUUUGCUCGGUUCCAGUGACGUCAUUCCACAGCACGCGUGCGCCAACUCUGAACUUUCACCCCCCCCCCCCCAAGCAACUUAUAGCUUCCCCGAGAAGGAAAGAUCACUUUGCACAUUUCAUUUUUUUUCCCUACGUUGUUAAUAUCUUCAUAAUUGCGUUAUAGCCUGUAGAUUACUAUUAUUUUUUUUUAAAUAUCUGGUGCUAUGUACUUGUAUGUUACUGAUUGUACAUUUAAACGUAGAGCAGUAGGCUACCCAUUAUGCAAAAUGGCGGCAAAAACUAUAUAUUUUAUUAUCAGAAAACCUUCAAUGUUAGGCUAUUGAUUGUCCAUAGCGCUUAUAUCCUGUUCAAUUCCACCUUUUUUUUUUUUUCACCGGAUCCCCUCCCCCUGACUUCCGGUGAGAGGCAAACGACAUCCGGAACCUGUCGCCGGUCAGGCGCAGGUCGACACGGACGACCACCGGCAGGGAAUUGAACCCACGGUGCCUCCAGCGGCGGCCUCGGGCGAAUUUGCACCACCGCUUCCACGCGAUUUUUGGUGCUUUCUUUUAGAAAGGAACGCAAAAAAUAAACUUUUUAUU